AUGCAAAUUUUCUAGUUUGGUCACAUGACAUAAAAUGGCAGAUAGCGAAGAGAGCAGCCCACCCUCUUCACCCGAUAUUCGAGAUGACGACCCAGGGAGACCUCGAGAGGUCACGAUUACCAAAUCAGAGACAGGGUUCGGCUUCAAUGUGAGGGGCCAAGUAAGCGAAGGGGGUGUACUGAAGUCAAUAAAUGGUGUGUUGUACGCGCCUCUUCAACAUGUCAGUGCAGUGUUGGAGGGGGGAGCGGCGCAGAGGGCAGGGAUACGGAAAGGUGACAGGAUACUGGAAGUGAACCAUGUAAAUGUUGAGGGGGCCACACAUAAACAAGUGGUGGAUCUGAUCAAAAGUGGAGGUGAUUCACUGGUUUUGACAGUGAUUUCGGUGCCAGAACAGGUUGCUGAGAGAUUGGAGCCUAGCGAUGAUUCCUCUGGCCCCUCCUACAUCGACUAUUCGGAACGACGCUCUCUCCCGAUCUCUGUACCUGACUACCAAAACGUGGAGCAGGGUGGAGAAAAGUUUGUUGUUUUCAAUAUAUACAUGGCUGGAAGGCAUCUAUGCUCAAGGCGAUACAGGGAAUUUGACACAUUGCACUCUCGUUUAAAAAGAGAAUUUCCUGACUUUAAUUUUCCUAAGAUGCCAGGAAAGAAGUUAUUUACUCUCUCCGAGCAGCAGUUGGAUGCCAGAAGGCGGGGGUUAGAACAGUACUUAGAAAAGGUAUGUGCUGUGCGGGUCAUCGGAGAAUGCGACUAUAUGCAGGAGUUCCUGGCUGCUCCUGAAAUUGAUCAAGAGAACAAUCACACAAGCUCAGAAGUGGAACUUAAAGUACUGCUUCCUGAUCGCAAUUUGUGUGUGGUCAAAAUCAACCGCAAUGACACGGCUGACGAAGUUUAUAAGGCUGUUGUGUCUCGGUUACAUUUGUCAGAGACUGCUGCUCACUGCUUUUAUUUGUUUGAAACUGUGGAAUAUAAUUUUGAUAGGAAAUUACAGGAUUCAGAAUUCCCUCACAACAUAUAUAUACAGAACUACAGUACUGCCACGUCAACAUGUAUAACUCUACGACGAUGGCUGUUUUCUCCCGCCCAGGAAGCUAUACUCAACUCCGAUCAACAAGCAAUCAAUUUUCUUUUCUGGGAGGCUGUUGAUAGUGUAAAUAAAGGACAAAUCAAAACAGAGGAUAAAUUGUAUGAACUGAAAGCUCUGCAGGAAUCGAACAAUAGCAUAGAGUACCUUAAGGUGGCUCGACAGUUAGAGGGCUACGGAGAGAUGAUGUUCCCCCAUUGUGCAUGUGAUUCACGAAAAGAUGGUCAUGUGAUAGCUGUGAUAGGAUUCGAGUGUUUCAAGCUCCAUGCCUGCAAGAAUGAUGGAACACCAGAGUCUCAAGUGAUAGAAUUUCAGUGGAAGGAUGUAAAGUCUUAUGAUAUUGAAGAAGAAGGAAUGUCCUUUUCUUUUGAAUAUGAUCGUGCUGGAAAGAAACCUCGUAAUGUUCAGAUAUUAACACCCUAUUAUAUAUACAUGAAGGAAUGUUUUGACCGCAUAUUUGAGGAAAGAGAACAGGAGUAUGUGGUAAGUGAUGACUUUCAAAAUGAAUAGAAGAACUCCCUGAGGCCAAAAAUCAGCUGAAUUGUUGUGUUCUUAUAUACAGCAAAAUUGUUCUGUUGCCAUACCAACAAGAGAAAUUCUAAAAGGUGUUGACGUGCAGUGGUCCGUGAUUUUUGCAGUAUUUUGUCGUUGGUCAUUCUUUUCUUGCAAUAGACAUGUUGCGGGUCAACAACCAUGUGAUUUUCCUACAUCUGUUCGUUAUUUUCAAUUCUCGUUAAAAAUUGAUAAGUCUUUGUUGAUCUAGAUUGUUAUCGUCUUUGUGAGCUAUUAUAUGAUGUGUUUAGCUUGUAUUUUGAAAGACAUUGACAUGAACAAUUUGUGUUUUGUAUCGGUAAAAAAAGUAUAAUCAAUGUAUCAGAUUAAGAUGUGGAAUAUCUAGUCCGUGAUGGUCAAAUAUACAUGCUAUUGUGAACCCAAGUUUGCAUUUGUAUUUUAAGAACAUAUACACUAGUAUAAAAGGGAGUUGAUUGGAAGAUUCUUGAACUCGAUUAUCAUACAUAGAACUGUAGCAAGCAUGGUCUGCAAAAAUUCUGAUAGACAUCCAUCACAAUUUUUUAAUGCACAGAACUGAUGUGUUUCAUAGUCUUAACAUUUUACCCAUGAGGUAUUCAUCUACUGAAAUCCUACUGUUCCCUUUAUGGCCAAAGGUUUAGUGGAAUUUUUCUGAUCAAAUAUUUUGCUGUCUGAUGCUUGAUACUUCCUCAAACUAUGUAUACCCUCCCUAAAAGUACAGGACAGGCUUCAAAUUAGGGACCAGGAAUAAUUUUUCUUGACCAAAAUAUAUGGAGAGACUUAAAGUACAGGUGAGCAUUGUGGACCAUGGGUCUCUGAAGGUUAGUAAGUGUCAUACAUGUAACUCUGUUAGAUUUUUAUGCCGUGUUAAUUUUAUAAGGUUGGGGGUUUAUGAACUCUUAAGAUUCCUUUGUUUUCUGGACAUAUUUUGGUGUCAUCUUGAAGCCGAUGUAUACAAAUCAAAAUAUGUUUUAGGACUGCUUGAUCAAAUUCAUUGUGUAUAAGAUAGUUAUCAUAAUUUACUGCAUGAAAAGAUUGAUGAUGUAUGUUUUGAAAUUAUUGAUGUAUUUGUUGUCCUGAUUUGAGAAUUUUUGUAAUGAUAUUGGAAUGUUUUAGGAUUUCGGUUCUUUUUAAGUCUUAGUAAUUCAAAUUUGUUGGGUGCAUUGGUAAUGUAUUAAUUUCAAAUCAGCAUUAGAGGAAAUGAAUCAUACAUAUCAUAAGAAGUAAUGUACAUUUCUAGUAAGAAAUGAAAUCACUGCGUAGUCUCUGGAAAUGAAAUGAACAAAUUUACAAUAGAAUACUAUACCUAAAGAAUAUCUGCACAGUUUGAUUUUAUGUUUAGCUUUAUUCAGUUAUUGUUGUGUCCUCUUAUGAUGAUAGUUUAGUUUCCAAACUACUAUCGCGUAAACUUGCCAAACUUCUGUAGAUUCCAAAAUAUAUGCGAGGAAUUUAUUAUUGCAUAAUUUCACGAGAAGUAUCACUCAUAAAAUAAAAUUACUCGCUUUUAUUUUGAUAUUGCUGGAUUACCUGUAAAAACUCGUGAUCAACAGACCAGUCACAAAUGUAUGCUCUCACAAUUUGAAGUGUGCGAGUCAUUUUGCGAUAUAAAGUACUCGUGUAAAAUAAGGAAUCUACAGUUUUUGAUUAUGAUAAGUGGAUUAUUAUGAUAACGAACUGUUAUAUAAUUCACAAGUCAUGCAAUUGUAUUGGUAGUUCAGGCUUUCUGAGUGAAUAUUUAUACACCAUAGCAUUGACAUGGUUACAGCGGAUAUUGUCAUGGUUACAGCGGAUAUUGUCAUGGUUACAGUGGAUAUUGUCAUGGUUACAGCAGAUAUUGUCAUGGUUACAGUGGAUAUUGAUGUGGUUACAGCGGAUAUUGACAUGGUUACAUAUACAUGAAGAACUGGUAUCUUGUGUUCUGUUUCCUUUAUUUACAUAUUUCAUCAUGCUAUGUUAGGUGUGUAGUGGGUGAUAUGUAAACUUUACCAUACACAAUUAUGUAUUUUCACACAGAAGCCCGACACACGUGUAAACUGUACCACACACAGGUAAUACAAUUAUGUAUUGUCACACAGAAACCUGACAUGUGUAAUAUGAAUGUGAUACAUUUUCCUGGCAAGAUUGCAGAAAGUAAAACUUUCUUCUUGUACAAAGUGACAUUUAGCAGACAUAUGUUUGUAUAUAGUGACAUUUAGCAGACAUAUAUGUUUGUAUAUACAUGUAUUCAGAUAUCCAGCCUAGAUAAGAAAAUGGCUUCAACAGAAUAUGAUAUUGUUUGAUAUUUUGGAAUCUAAUUGAAUGUUUCUAGCCCUUGAGAAAUAAAUUGAUAAGUUCAUACAACUGACUCAUGCUUUAGUGAAGAUGUUUUAGAUUGGACUAAAAUCCUUUGAAAGCCUGAGCCGCCUCUUUUCCUCGAUAUGAAAAUCUAGAAAACCUUGUCUCUGGCAAAUCUACAUUAAAGGGUCCCAUUAAAUAUAUUGAUGUGUGAAGAUCUGUCAUGAUCAACAUUAACAAGUAAAUUUCUGUCAAUUAUUUCAGAUUCAAAUGUUCCCGAUAUUCAUGAUCCUUUUUUCCAUUAUACUUUAAUUUUAUUUUUAAAGUCAUUUACGAAUAAAUGUGGGUAAACCAUAAUGAAUAAAUGUAUAAAAGUGGUUUAUAUAUACUAGGGCUUUACCUUGAUACCCAAGAGAAAGUAGGUAUUUUAGUACUGUUAAAGAUAAUUUAAGUUAUCAGCAUACACAUAUAGAUGAUGGUGCAUUUUCUCACAUUUCUUCAGAAAGUUAACUGCUAAAACAGGAAAAAAGAUCAUUAUUGGCUUUGUGAAUUGUGUUUAAUGUAAUUUUACAUGCAUUUAAGUGCUAUUUAUAUGCCUCGUUUAUUGUUGUUUAGAUUUUCUCGCAUUGGUCAUUUAUUUUGUAUGGUCAAGCUCUUUGUAAAUUUCUCUUCAUACACCAUGCAUAUCUAUAUGUACUUGCAUUACCUGAUUUUCAUUGAAUUUUACGAGGUGAGGUAUUUCCUUUAGAGGGGUAGAAAAAAACAAAAAACGAGGCUUGAUUGACAAAUAAAACCUUGUCUCCAAGAGUCCAUGUAACGAUGUUAAUAUGACCAUUGCAUCAACCACAGUCUGCAUGGCAUUUAUUUUACUCUAUAGUUUUAGAAAUUGUAAGCACAUAUGAUGUUUCUUGUCAAAUUAUGGUCAUAUUUUUGUUUUUACCAUAAUUAUUAUUUAUGAAAAAACUAAAUUUAUAUUGUUAGAAAUUUUAUUGUUGAAACUUUCAUUAGUGGUAUGUUUUUGUAGAUGUUAGCUUUGAGUUUUUAAUGAAAUAAAAUUUUAAGUUUCUCUUCUUAAUAUAAAGCAGAGAUGACCUUCUAUGCAUCUCUUUAAAUUCAUUGUCCAUGAUAAGUUUACAAAUCUGCAAUAGUGAAAUCAGGAAUUGUCCGUUUCCUGCGUGUAGUUUUUGUUUCGUGUGUACUGUGUACCAUGAUUUUGUUGUGAAGCAUUGAACUUUCGUGUUUUCAAUUGACGAGUUGUUCUACAGCUCAAUUUGAUGUACAGUGUAAAUUCUGAAGCGUUUAUUGUUUAUGUUAAAUAAUAUGUAUCAACAACUGUUUUCAGUAAAAUUAAAAGUUAUGAUUAUGAUA